AUGAUGCUACCCAAAUUGUCAGCCCUUGCGGCAACACUCCUUUUGGUGGUGGGAGGCGCCAGUGCGUUCAGCCCCAACAGCAUCCAGCAACGUGCGUCUCUAAAGACAGAACUGGCCAUGGGCAACACCGUGGAUCCUCCCAAGUUACCCCCUCCUCGAGACAUUUCCUACGGAGAAGAAUCGCGCAAAUACCGUCGUACUAUUUUUACCCACGACGAUUGGGUCAACUUUCGCUCUCCCGAUCGAUUUUGGCGCAAUCUGAAUGCCGUCACGUCGUCCGGUAUCUACAAGAGCGUUGGAAAGGAAAUCUUGGCCACCGUGGGAGUGGCUACCUUUGUCAUUCUCUAUAAUGGAGUCGCUGGUGGAUUUGAUGGAUUGGAUGGAACCAAAAUGGACCCUAUCGCACCCUUUUUGCCCGUCAUUGGACUCCCAUUGGCACCCUUCACUUUGUCCAGUCCAAGUCUGGGACUCUUGUUGGUCUUCCGUACCAACACCAGUUACAAACGUUGGGAUGAAGCGCGUAAAAACUGGGGAAUGAACAUCAACCACACCCGUGAUCUUGUGCGUCUCGCCAAUGCCUACUACGAUCGAGAAGGGGUCAGUGAUGAACGACGAGAACAGGACUUGAAAAACGUUGCACUCGCCACCUGGUCCUUUGUCCGAGCCAUGAAACGUCAUUUGAGUCCGGAAAAGGAAGACGAGGAAGACUUCAAAAGGGAACUGUACGAGAGAUUGCCUGCCGUUCAGGCCGAAGCCAUUAUCAAUGCCGCACAUCGUCCCAACCGCGCUCUCUUUGAUUUAAGUUUGGCCAUUGAAAAUCUCCCCAUGCACUUUUUGCGUAAAAAUGAAAUCCAUCAAGCCGUCACCAUUUUCGAAGACAAUCUCGGGUCCAGUGAACGUUUGUUGACUUCGCCCGUGCCCUUGUUUUAUUCGCGACACACGGCCAGAUUCUUGGGAUUCUGGUUGCUCCUCUUGCCAUUGGGCUUGUAUCAACCAUUGGCAUCCUCUUGGAAUCACUUGGCUGUGAUUCCCGUCACUUUUACAUUGAGUUUGUUUUUGUUUGGUAUUGAGGAAUUGGCCACGCAACUGGAAGAACCCUUUACCGUGUUGCCCAUGCAAGCCUACAGUGAACGAAUUGGCAACUGGUGUAAUGAAAUUGUCACCUUUAAACCAGGCGACAAUGGUGUGUACCAACAAAAUGUGCCUGGUGCACCCUACCCCACGGGAUACGGCGAAGGUGAGGCGGAAGCGCUACAAGCAGCAACAACCAAUGGCAGCAGCCCCAAUGGUCAAGUCGACAAGUUCAGCGAACCCGUCAGCGGCGCCAAUGGAGCCUCGCGACUUCGGUCGUUGAUUAGUGAAUAG